AUGCUCUUGCCAUUGUUCAUUAAGAAUGAAGUCCGAUCUACAAGUGUCAUGAUUCGUGUUGUGAACAACAAACCCAGCCCAAUUGCAUUGGAACCUUUGAAUGGCCAAAAGGCUGCAGUGCUCUCUUUAUUAGUGCAACUUCCAUGUGGAGAUGAGGAUUACACUCCUAGUAACCAAUCUGGAUUGGCUAUUGCAAGUGCUCUAGUAUCAUUAGGUAAUCCCCGUAAACAAAGCUGUGAACCCAGCAAAGGUGAUAAAAAUAAACUGCGCAAACACAUACAUCAAUCACAUCCAGAUGCAUAUAAUGGAUCAAAGAAUUUUAAAAAUGUAAAGCCCUGUGUCUUCCAGGAAUUUCUCUUCUCUUCUCCUUCUUCGCUUCUCUUCUCCUUCUUCGCUUCUCUUCUCCUUCUUCGCUUCUCUUCUCCUUCUUCGCUUCUCCUCUUCUCUUCUUCUUCCUUCUUCUUCUUCUUCUCUUCUUUUCUUUUUUUCUUCUUUUCUUUUUUCUCUUCUUUCUUUUUUCUCUUUUUUUUUUUUUCUUUUUUUCUUUUUUCUUUCUUUCUUUUUUUCUCUUCUUUCUCUUUUUUUCUCUUCUUUCUCUUUUUUUCUCUUCUUUCUCUUUUUUUCUCUUCUUUCUCUUCUUCUUCUCUUUUCUCAUAG